GAGGCGUACUUGGACGGACUCGGCCCAUCUCCGCACCAACCAGAACGGUACGGCAUCCGUGACGGAGACGGAGAGCAGAGAGGCGCCCUCUCCCGCGGCGGUGAAUCGGCCACCGAGGCGGGGCUCUUGACUCUUCCCGAGCUCCGGGUGGAAAGCACAAACAGCUUCGCCCCGCGGCGGUGAAUCGGCCACCGAGGCGGGGCUCUUGACUCUUCCCGAGCUCCGGGUGGAAAGCACAAACAGCUUCGCCCUGGGGCGAAGCAACAGCAUUUCGAAUCCGUACGCACCGCGGAGGAAAAGAUCGAGCGGGGAGGGAAGCGAGAGGAAGAGAUAUGUUUAUCCAGAAGGCAUGGAGGACGGCGGCGUUUGGGCUCUACGGCUUCACCCAGUUCACCAAAUCAGGAUUCGCGGAACAUGCCAAGAAAUUUAGAGAGGAGGAUAUGCAGAUCCGGUUGGAUGGGAAAAAUUGCCUGGUAACUGGAGCAAAUUCUGGCUUAGGUUUUGCUACAGCUGAGGGAUUGGCUUCGCAUGGGGCCACUGUUUAUAUGCUUUGUCGUAACAAGGAAAGGGGUGAGACUGCUCUUAAACAGAUAAGAUCCAAAACCGGCAAUAUGAAUGUUCAUCUGGAGAUAUGUGACCUUUCAUCUAUUAAUGAAAUAAAAUCAUUUACGACAAGAUUCUCUUCAAUGAACAAGCCACUCCAUGUCCUGGUUAACAAUGCUGGCUUCCUGGAGCACAAGCGUGUGACUACACCGGAAGGGUUGGAGCUCAAUUUUGCUGUGAAUGUGGCAGCUACGUACACGUUAACAGAGCUAGUGAUGCCAUUGUUGGAAAAGGCAGCACCUGAUGCUCGUGUCAUUACAGUUUCAUCCGGAGGAAUGUACACUGAGCCAUUGAAUAACAAUUUGGAGUACAGAGAAAGUGACUUUGACGGGACCAAACAAUAUGCUCGAAACAAGAGAGUUCAGGUUGCACUCACUGAAUGGUGGUCUGAGAAAUACAGCAACAAGGGGAUCGGUUUCUACUCUAUGCAUCCAGGAUGGGCUGAUACGCCUGGAGUCUCCAAGAGCUUGCCGGGACUUUCAGAGAAGUUAUCGGGAAACCUGAGAUCAAAUGAGGAAGGGGCUGACACAGUGGUCUGGUUAGCCUUGCAACCGAUGGACAAGUUAGUGGCAGGAGCUUUCUACUUUGACCGAGCUGAAGCCCAAAAACAUUUGAAGUUCGCUGGGACUGCAGCCUCCCAUGCGCAGAUAGGUUCCAUUGUUGAUAGCAUUCGCUCCAUCUGUGGCCUGCAGCCUCCCAUGCGCAGAUAGGUUCCAUUGUUGAUAGCAUUCGCUCCAUCUGUGGCCUCCCAUGCGCAGAUAGGUUCCAUUGUUGAUAUUCAAAAACAUUUGAAGUUCGCUGGGACCUUCUCAUUGAUGCUUUAGGAGAAAAAAGAAAAGCUACUCGUUGAAAGGAAAAAUUUGCACCAGCCGGGAAUCGAACCCGGGUCUGUACCGUGGCAGGGUACUAUUCUACCACUAGACCACUGGUGCCUUCUUUGAAUAAAAAGAGUAAACAAAA